AUGCGGGAAGUGAUCUCCAUCCACGUCGGCCAGGCCGGUUGCCAGAUUGGCAAUUCGUGCUGGGAGCUGUACUGCUUGGAGCACGGGAUCAACCCCGACGGAACUGUUCCAGAAGGAAUGAACAACGAGAAUUUCUCGACGUUCUUUUCCGAGACCGGAACGGGCCAGUACGUUCCUCGAUCCGUCUUCAUGGAUCUGGAGUCGUCCGUCAUCGGCCAGAUCCGUUCAGGAACCUACAAGCAGCUCUUCCACCCCGAGCAGCUCAUUACCGGCAAGGAAGAUGCAGCGAACAACUACGCCCGUGGCCACUACACCAUCGGCAAGGAGAUCAUCGACCGGGUCCUGGACCGAAUCCGAAAGCUCUCGGAUAACUGCACCGGUCUCCAGGGCUUCAUGGUCUUCCACUCCUUUGGUGGCGGCACCGGAAGCGGUUUCACCUCGCUUUUAAUGGAGCGACUUUCCGUUGACUACGGAAAGAAGGCGAAGUUCCAGUUCGCCGUUUACCCGGCGCCGCAAGUGUCAACUGCCGUGGUCGAGCCCUACAACUCGAUCUUGACCACGCAUACGACGCUGGAGCACACUGAUUGUGCGUUCAUGGUCGACAACGAGGCCAUCUACGAUCUCUGUACGAAGAGACUCGGCGUCGAGCGGCCAUCGUAUAGCAACCUGAACCGAAUCAUUGCUCAGGUUGUCUCCUCGAUCACCGCCUCGCUGCGAUUUGAAGGAUCGCUCAACGUGGAUCUUAAUGAGUUCCAAACGAACUUGGUUCCGUAUCCACGAAUCCACUUCCCGUUGGCGACCUACGCGCCGAUCAUUUCCGCCGAAAAAGCGUUCCACGAGUCGCUUUCAGUCGCGGAAUUGACCAACGCUUGCUUCGAACCAGGCGGACAGCUGGUCAAAUGCGACCCAAGAACUGGCAAGUACAUGUCAUGCUGCUUGCUCUACCGCGGCGACGUCGUGCCCAAAGACGCCAACGCCGCCAUUGCAGGCAUCAAGGCCCGACGAUCCGUCCAAUUUGUCGACUGGUGUCCAACUGGUUUCAAAGUUGGCAUCAAUAACGAGGCACCCGCAGUUGUGCCAAACUCGGACCUCGCCAAGGUUCGACGAGCACUCUGCAUGCUCUCUAACACGACGGCGAUCGCAGACGCCUGGUCGAGAUUGAACCACAAGUUCGAUCUCAUGUACGCGAAGAGAGCCUUCGUCCACUGGUAUGUCGGCGAAGGCAUGGAGGAAGGCGAAUUCUCCGAAGCCCGAGAGGACCUCGCAGCCUUGGAAAAGGAUUACGAGGAAGUUGGAAUGGACACCAACGACGCUGAGGGCGAAGAAGAAGACGAAGAAUAUUAA